CCGGGCCGCUCCCACCAUGCCGUUCCACCCAGUGACCGCGGCGCUCAUGUACCGGGGCAUCUACACCGUCCCCAACAUCCUCGCGGAGCAGCACCCCGUCGAGAUCCCCGAGGACGAGCUGGAGGAGAUCCGGGAAGCCUUCAAAGUGUUCGACCGGGAUGGGAAUGGCUUCAUCUCUAAGCAGGAGCUGGGCACAGCCAUGCGCUCCCUGGGCUACAUGCCCAAUGAGGUGGAGCUGGAGGUCAUCAUCCAGCGGCUGGACAUGGAUGGGGAUGGGCAAGUGGAUUUUGAGGAGUUUGUGACAUUACUGGGGCCCAAGCUCUCCACCUCGGGGAUCCCCAAGAAGUUCCAUGGCACAGACUUCGACACUGUCUUCUGGAAGUGCGACAUGCAGAAGCUGACGGUGGAUGAGCUGAAGCGGUUGCUCUAUGACACCUUCUGCGAACACCUGUCCAUGAAGGACAUUGAGAACAUCAUCAUGACGGAAGAGGAAAGCCACAUGGGCAACGCCGAGGAGUGCCCCGUCGACGUGGAGCCCUGCUCGAACCAGCAAAUCCGACAGACGUGUGUCCGGAAGAGCCUCAUCUGCGCCUUCGCCAUCGCUUUCAUCAUCAGCGUCAUGCUGAUCGCCGCCAAUCAGGUGCUGAGGAGCGGGAUGAAGUAACCCAGACAGACAGACUGCUUACCAGAAGAACAAAGACAGACAGACAUAUAUAAAUAUAUAUAUAUAUAUAUAUAUUAUAGAAUAUAUACACAAAGGGGGGAGGAAAAAAACAAACUAUUCUUCCAUGGAACGUGUCCUGUGCACACCCACCAACUCCUCACCCACAUCCGCCCUUCAACUCCUCCGCUGGGAGCACCCUUCCAGGAGAUGGGGCCAUCGUGUCUGCUGAGAGCAUGGGUUCCCCUGGGGCGGCUCCCACUCGCCUCGGGGCAAGAGAGGUCACCUGGACUCGCAUGGCUGUUUGUGGAACAUUUAGAUUAAAACAAAAGUGCAUGUACCGUGCAUGGAGUCCCCCCCCGCACCAUUCUGAGUGAUGCAAAAGCGUGUGCUUUUAUAACCGGAGAUUAGAGUCCUAUCAGAUAUAUAAUAUAUUCUAUAUCUCUAUAUUUAUGAUAAACCAAAUCAUCCCGUAAGCAAUACACACUCACUGAGAUUUUCUAUUUGAGAUUCGGGCAUUGCAUGGACCUCAAUAGCAAGGGCUGGAUUCCACCACUAGCUGUAGUACCGUCUCCCCAUAACCAUCUCCACACGUCCCAGAAACCACACACUUUUCACCUCAGCUAUGCUGCUGUUGUCAUUAGGGAGCCUGUUGUAUAUGGCCCUGAGUGUGGGGGCAUUGGCAAAGACAGGCUGCAGGAAUCGUCAGGUUUUACACUCAGUCUGUACUGCAGCUUGGGUCCCGUUGCCAUCAGAAAAUCCACAUGUGAGACAUUCCCUAGCUGCUCAUGCCAGGGCAUGAAUAAAGCUCCCUAUCAGAAAGGGGCAUCCGGGUUCGCCAAGGGAGCUCACACUGUGUGUGACUCAUCUGCUUUUGACCUGUUCAGCCCCCUCUGGGACUGUCCUACAGACUAUGCCCAGUUGCCCACAUCUUCCAGUGUGGCCUAGUGGACAGACCAGUGGACUGGGACCUGGGUUCUGUUCCCAGCUAUGUCAGUGGCCUACUGAGUGACCUUAGGUAAGUCUCUGUACCUCAGUUUCCCCAGCUGUAAAAUGGAGAUAAUGCUGCUUCCCUGAUGAAAAGUGCUGUAUAACAGCUGGGUUAUUAGCCCAGUAACCCUCUGGGCCCCAAAGAUAGUCAUCGAUUGCAGAAUGUAGCUGGCCAUAGUCUGUCCUUGAUCACAUCACCUCCCCUCUUUGAGAGGGGGCUGCCUCAGCUCUCAGCCCCUCUGUGUCUUAUCUGGAAAGCCGCUUCUAAACUGCCUUCCUGACACAGCCCUCUCGUCCCAUGUCACCUCUGUGUGCUCUCUCCCCAUGUCUAUCCCUGACCACCACACACACUCACGCCCCUACAGCCUGGAUGUAGCA